AUGCGAACAGGUCGCGCACUUUUGUCGCCACCUGGACGACUCUCUGGCAACUAUCGUAGCGUGAGUCGUCCGUCGCCGCAGGAGCAAUUGGAGGCGCUGCACUUGCAGCAGGAGGAGGCGGCGAGUGCGUCAAAGAUCGGAUACAAGAACUUUGAAGUUGAUACGAAGGAAGCCAGCUCCUUGACGGCGCUCACGCUCUUCGGUCCCGGGUGGAUUACCAUUCCUUCGGAGGGGGAACUGUUGAUGCUGGCACCCCAUCGAACGUUACUGAAUCUCCGCAUUAGCAUAGAACAAAGACCCAUGGAUCGCCCACAGAACAUGGACAGACCGCAGACCGUGGACCGACCACAGACCAUAGACCCCAACCAUCAGAUGUACUCGCCACCUGAAGCGCACGCCGGAAUGAUACAAACCUCGGGGACAGGAUAUAACACCGGGACAGGAUAUAAUACAGGACCGGAAGGCAUGGGACCAGGGGGAAUGGGGCCGGGGGCUAUGGGGUCAGGAGGAGGCAUUGGCCGGCACGGGGUCUUAUUGUACGUCCCAGAUGACGCGAGUCCGCAUGUGUGGGUAAUUGACGCUCCGUACUUCGGCGCCCAGGCACGCGAUAUCAUAGUGGGCAUCGACCUGCACGCGGCGAAGCACUUUUCAUCACUAGUUUUUUAUCGCCGAGGAGGACUGGAAGUGUUGACAAGGGCGCUGAAGGAAUCACCAAUCCACGAAUUCAGGUCCCACUUGCAGGACGAAGCACAAAAGCACAAAGUGACCGUUCUCAAGCAGAAGUCAAGUUUGGUUGAGAACCAAAUUCGGAAAAUCGUAGAUGAGGAAGUGCGGCGUAGCCAGGAACUGGCUCAACGUAUCCGAGAAAUCGAUAACGCUCUCCGCGAGAUGACGACGCACACACAGCUCAUGGCCAACAAGGACCUGCACAUACUCGACGAGGAUAUGCACGCGCUUCACAGACAACUAGACUUUGACCUUAACAACGCAGUAGGCGGUGGUGGCGGAAUGAACGGCCCCAACAACAUGGGGCCAGGCAACGGCAUGGGGCCGGGAAUGAUGGGUCCCGGCAACGGAAUGGGUCCUGGUAACAUGAUGGGUGGGGGGAUCGGCAACGGAACAAACCACGCCCUCUAUGGUGCCAUGGGAGACCGGUCCGGUGGUCAGUUCGGGAACGUGCUACCCACACUCAAUGGCGAAAGUCCUGGGGCCAUGGGAGGACCGGGGGCCACGGGAGGACCGGGGGCCAUGGGUGCACCGGGCGGCGAUCGUUCCGACGGUUACUCUAACGCUGGCAUUCGCGGUCGUGGCCUGAAUUCGGGUACGGGCGCAAGCUUCAACCCCGGCGCGGGUAACGGCUUCAACUCAAGUGGGGACUACCCGAGUGGGGACUAUCGAGAUAGAGUCUAUCGGGGCGGCGGACAAAGCCUCCCGCCCGGUUCCAACCAGCCUGGUUACAACACCAACAACCAGACUGGCUACGACUCUCGGUCGGCGGCAGGUCUCAUGAGUGUCGAGGGAGAAGAGGAAGAGGGUGGCGGGACAUCGGGUCAGUUCGGCAAUGAGCCGAGUGAAGCCGGUCAGAGCGACUUGCAGACCGAGUUAUUGAAGAACACAGACCACGCUGAUUUGGCUCGCAGCAAUGAGGUACCCUGGCAGGCGCUAAUGGCCGCCAAGGAAGCCACGGAUAACUCCAAGGCCCUCGCACGGGUCCUCGAACGCCAGGAACAGGCACUCGCUCGCCAAAGGCAGCUGCUCAAUAAACUCCUCAGUAACAAUCGCAACUCCGGACCCAACAGCGGUCCCAGCACCGGCCCCACCGCCGGUCCUGGUCUCGUCGCCGGUCCUGGUUCAACCGGUAGUGUGCCGGUCGUCCCUUCCGCGGUUGUCCCUUCCUCGGCCGUCCCUUCCGAAGCCCUUCCUUCCGCGGUCGUCCCUUCGGCGGCAGCGUCCGUGAAGAGCCGUGACGCACAGUCGACGGCCAAACAGACAGGGGGCGAAGGGUGGCGGAAGCAGCGUCCAGGCUCCAGUAUAGCGGCAGAACGGUCCCAGUCGCCUGCAGUCAGCCAGACAGCUAGCCAGACAGCCAGCCAGCCGGCGGCAGAUAUUGCUUCAGUCAAAUCAAGUCGUCGCGUGGCUAGGGGCCCAGGGUCGGAGUUUCUGCAGGGCGAUAUGGUAGCCGCACCCUCUGCAGCCGCGCCCUCUGCGGAAGAGAGUCACUCCUCCGUCGAAUUCGAUGAUUACAUUUUCACCGAAGGCAAACGCAUACCCUUCACACCUGGAGAGACACACUCCAAGGAACCAAGUGUGCGCGGUGAGACUGCCGGCACGGACAGUCGUCCCGACAAGCGUCCGGUGCUGGAGAGCCGGCCCUCUAGCCUGACCCUCAGUCACGAACGUGGGAUGGGUCGGGAAUUGGGGACUACUUGGCUUACCAAAAUCACGCCAGCAGUCAACUUAGCAACAGCCAACUAA